AUGGAAAAGCACAAAUGCAAGCUUUGUUCAAGAACAUUUGCCAAUGGCAGAGCCCUCGGUGGACACAUGAAGGCUCAUCUUGCCACCUUACCCCUUCCUCCAAAACCUGAACCAUUCACUGAGUCUCUUGUUUCCUUGUCAUAUUUUUCUUCUUCUCCUGAAGAAGAAGAAGAAGAAGAAAAGGCUCUGAUUUACGGUUUGAGGGAGAAUCCCAAGAAAAGUUUCAGGCUUGCAGAUCCUGAGUUCUCUUUUGCACCUGAUACUGGUUCUGUGGUCCAAGACAGAGAGAGUGAGACCGAGUCAAAGAACCCAACUCGCCAACGAUCCAAACGGAACCGCAAGUCCAGCUUUGUGGUUAGCCACACCCAGAAUUUGGAACCGCCCAAGAACCCCAAGAUGAGUUUCAUUGUGUCACUAUCAACACAACCCACCGAGCCUGAACCUAUGAGCUCGGUUUCUAACACUUCCCCUGAAGAAGAUGUUGCCAUGUGCCUCAUGAUGCUGUCGAGGGACAAGUGGAGGAAGAACAAUGUGGUGGAACAUGUUCAAGAACAAGAAGAACAAGGGAAAAUAUCAUUAAAUGGAUGCAACAAAGAGAUCAAGUUUAAGAGAGUUCGUGGGAAGCACAUGUGUGACAAUUGUGGGAAAGUGUUUCGAUCUUCUCGAGCAUUGGGCAGUCACAGAAGUAUUUGCAGAGGUGAAGGGAAUAAUGACAAGAUUUUUGAAUGCCCCUUUUGUCAUAAGGUUUUUGGGUCAGGUCAAGCACUUGGUGGCCAUAAGAGAUCUCACCUCAUGCCAUCUUCUUCAUCAACUGCUAAUGAUUGUGUUAGAUUGAAAGAGAGUUUCAUAGAUCUCAACUUGCCAGCACCUGAAGAAGAAGACAACCUUAGUGUUGUUUCUGAUGCCUAA